AUGGAAUCGGAAGAGUUUUUGCUACUACCCAAGAAUCAUUUUAUUGACAUAAUCUCCUCUGACGAGCUGAAUGUUCGCAGUGAAGAACAGGUUUAUUCAGCAGUAAUGCGAUGGGUAAAUCACAACUUGAUUGACCGGCGAAAUGACCUUGGCCAGCUGCUUUCAGCCGUCCGACUGCCACUAGUUUCUCCAAAGUUUCUAGUGGCUACAGUCGGUAAUGACAUUCUCAUACGGGCUGACGAAAAAUGCCGUGAUCUCGUUGAUGAGGCCAAGAACUAUCUACUCUUGCCUCAGGAGCGCCCACUAAUGCAAGGUCCUAGGACCCGCCCUCGCCGGCCAAUUACCUCAGCAGAAGCACUUUUCGCUGUUGGCGGCUGGUGUUUUGGCGAUGCGAUUGAUUCGGCUGAGCGAUACGACCCGCUACCACCGCCCUCAACUUCGUCGACAUCUUGCUCGCUUAGUGUUGAUGGCGAUACUUCAGAUCCCGAAGGACAGUGGCGGUUUGUGGCUCCUAUGAACAGGCGCCGAUGUGGCGUAGGCGUAGGCGUAGUCAAUGGCCUUCUCUAUGCUGUUGGUGGUCAUGACGGAACUAGCUACCUUAAUUCAGUAGAACGGUAA